CUAGGCUCCUCCCCUGGUGUCGCUGUCCCCCUCCCGGCCAGUGCGCGCUGGGAGCCCCAGGCCGGAGCAUGGAGAGGGGCGCAGGCCUGCCGCAGCACAUCAUGGCCCAGGUGCGCGUCCAAGCCCCGGGGGCCGCGGCCAGCCUGGAGGAUCCGUGCCGGGAAGGCUCGCGGAGGCAGCAGGCGGCUGCCGCUGGGGACAGGCUGGCCGGAGGGCGGCUGCUGGACAGCCGCAGUUUGGAUGGGAUCAGCCAGGCGUACGGGGCCAGCCGGGCGCAGGAAGGGCGCCGCGCCACCAUCUCCAGCGCCCUGGAGCUGGAAGGGACGGUCAGCCACGACGGGGACCUCACCCACUUCGUGGCCAACAACCUGCAGCUGAAAAUCAAGCUGAGCUCCCGGGGCAGCCUGGAGGAGCCGGAGCCCCCGGGCCAGCCCUUCCCAGGGCUGGGGCGGAGCAAAGCGGCCGACAUCCCCCCCAUUGACCCCGCGGUGCUGACGGAGCUGGAGCGCCUGACCCAAGAGGUGGCCCACAAAGUGGACCAGAUGAUGAGGAGCUUGAGCGGCAGCAUCCAGAACAUGACGGCCCUGAGCGUGGGCUACAUCCAGACCUACCGGGACGCCGUGGACAGCCUGGGCGAGUCCGUAGACAUGAGCAUCAAAGGGAUGUACACGCUGAUGGCCCGCUGCGAGGAGCUGGACCGCUCCAUGCAGCCGGUCCACGCCCUGGCCAAACAGAUCCGGGAGAUCAAAAGGACCCUGGAGAUAUUCGAGUCGCUGUGCAAGUAGCGCCGGUGGAAAACAUUUCUCAGCUGCUUUGUUAAUGGGGGGGAGGGGGCGCUGUGCUGGCUGCAAACUCCAAAAGGGAACGUGUCGUGUACUGUAUGCGGUUGUGUGUUUGUUUCAUGUCUUGUGCUGCCAUAAGCCUGUUACACUAAAACCAGACACUGCUUUGCAGAGGAUCUGUCUGAAAGGGGCUAAUUCCCCCUGAACGAUUACUUGAAAUUUUCCCACCCUCUCUGUUCGUUAGAGGGGAUGGUGCAUGCUCAGGAUUUCCAAGGACCCUAAGGGAAGGAUGCUCUCAGAUUCAAUAGGAAUCCGGCUUCAGUGGGAGCUGGGCUGCUUUCAAAAUCCCAGCUGCGAAGAAUUGUCAGCCUGACAAGGAAUAGUGAACUGGAUUCCCUCAUCUGUGUAGUUCACCUUUCCCUGUAAAAUAAGAAUAUUUAUACUUAAAAAAACCACUCUGCAAUUUGCCAAACCACCUAAAAUGUGUCCAUAGGAAAGAACUUCUGCUAUUGACCCUUCCUGGUGUUAUUUUCAACAAGCCCAGUAUUGCUCUCGCUCUGCUCUCUUUGAAGUGAAGGGGAGGUUUAUCUUUGAUUGUAAUGGGGGAAGAACAAGGCCGGCGCUGAGUGCUUUUGAAAUUCCCACGCUCUGCGUAUUUCAGCAGCUGAGGAGUUUGCCCUACAAGUGGAUUUGCAGGGUGCCGGCUCAGAAGCGGAUUCUGAAUCCUCUCCCAAAACCUGUGAUGACUCUCACAUUUGCUUCCACAUUUAACAACCUAACCCGUGACCUAUAUUAAAUAUGGAAGGAAUGACA